GUCAAUGUCUAAAUCUCUAAUUUUACAGAAGAUAACAUCAAAUACUACUGGUACAGAAAUUGUUUAUAGCAAAACUCUUGCGACGCUCAACACAUUGCUUAUAGCAAAACUCUUGCGACGCUCAACACAAUUGUAACGUACAAUGGCAUCUAAUAUAAUGAAGGAUGUCAUGUUGAAAAUGCUGGUGGCGUGUGCUCUCCUAAAAGCUGUAUUUCCCUUGCAAAACAGCAACAUUAUAGACAUGAGCGAGAACAACAUUACUAUAGUAAGAGAUGGCAUGUUCAGUAACCACACACAUUUAGAAUAUUUGGACCUGAGCAAAAACAAAAUAUCUGAGAUUUUAUCCGAAGCAUUUUCAGGUCUGGAAUCAUUAAAAACACUCAAUUUGGAAGGAAACGAUCUAAAAAUCUUAAAAACAGGAAUUUUCAGUAACCUGAUAUCCCUUUGGUACAUUCACCUUCAGGAAAACGAAAUAUCAGGGAUAGAAAGUAGUGCAUUUUCAGGUUUACUGUCAUUGCAUGUUCUUAACCUUCAAAAAAACAAGAUUUCGGUAUUGAAAAAUGGAAGAUUCAAGAACCUUGCAUCCUUAACAAUUCUCAACCUUUACGACAAUGGCAUUUUAGAGAUUGAACCUGAGGCUUUCUUUGGUUUGCAAGCAUUAGAAAUGCUCCAAUUGCGAGGAAAUAAACUCAAAAUUUUGAAAAGUGGAAUAUUCAGUAACCUAAACUCCUUGAAACGUCUUAUACUUAACAACAACGAGAUUUCAGUCAUAGAAUCAGAUGUAUUUUCUGAUUUGCAAUCAUUAGAUAGAUUGGUACUAUUUUCUAAUAAACUCACAAAUGUGACACAGCGCGUGUUCGGUAAUUUAUCCUCUCUUUAUAAAAUCGACCUCUCACAUAAUAAAAUAUAUAUGAUAGAACUUGGGUCUUUCUCUGAUUUGAAAUAUUGUGACUCGUUAUAUUUGUCUCAGAAUAAACUCACAAAACUUUAUUCUGGUAUGUUCAGCGGCAUGUCCUUAUUACGAAAUUUGUUAUUAACUUUCAAUCAAAUAACAGAUGUUGAAUCUGGCGCUUUUGUUGGACUAAAAAGUCUUGAAUACCUCUUUCUAGAUAGAAAUAACUUGAGUAAAAUACCAACUGAUGUUUGCGAACAUUUACCAAAAUUAAAUUAUUUAUCAAUCAUAAGUAACAACAUGACGGGUGGCCCCUCUGAAUACACAAGUAGUAAUGAAAUAAGGGAACUAUGUUUAAU